GACAGACAGAGACAGACAGACAGUGAGAGUGAGAGACAAUGAGGGAGGGACAGAGAGAGAGUGAGGGACAGACCGAGAGUGAGGGACAGUGUGAGAGAGAGAGAGAGAGCUGUGUUCAAGGUCUGGGCCACUGCUCUGUGGUGUGUUAAUGUCACUUUGUUUCCAGGAUGACGAGGUGUGUGAGAGAUCAGAGAACACACACACAGAGGUGAGAUCAGAGGAAUCGAGAGAGCGACAGCGGCCCAUAACCGCUCUUAUGACUCUCUCGCUCUCUCCUCGCUCUCUCCUCUCGCUCUCUCCUCUCGCUCUCAUUCUCUCUCUCGCUCUCAUUCUCUCUCUCUCUCAUACACACACACACACAUGCACCACACACAGACACACUCACAACACACAUGCACUAGAGCGAUGCCGUAUGUACAGUGUGUUACUACCAUUGACGUGAUCGUGAUGAAGGGAUGAAUGGUGGCAUCUGAGAACCUGUUCAAACCUUGACCAGAGCCCCGGGACGAGACACAGAGCACACCCAGAGAGACCAGAGACUAGCCCAUGGCCGACCGAACGUCCCUUCAACCUCCAACCCCCCAGCCUUACCAGGACCCAUACCUCCAGCAUCACAUCCACCUCCUCCACCACCACCUCCACCCCAGCGUCGGGAGCCCCGGCCUGGGCCACACAUCCUGCCACCACCCCUUGGAGCCCCAGACUCCCCUGGAGCAAUAUAGAGGGACUGGAAUAGAGGCAGCACCCAGGACCACUCUCCUUGAUUCAAGCCCCUGUGCUGGGGGGAACAGCGACAGCUACAGGGGUGGGGGUGGUGGAAGAGGUGGUUAUGUAGACGUUCGUGGACAUAGCAGAGGUGAUAACUGUAGUGAUGUUGAUGGUAGAGAUGGUUGUUUUGGAGCGCAGAAAGCUAGCUACUGUAAUAGGGGGGUUGUGGGCGACGGUGUAGGUCAAGGGGAACAUUUUGAAGGUCAGGGCCUUGGCUACGCUAGCCAAAGGGAUGACGGCUGCGACGGGGAUGACAGCAGCGCCAGCGGUAGUGGUGGUGAUAUGUACCACAGAACGGAUGACGGCUGUAACAGGGAUGACGUCUUUCACAGAACGGAUGAAGGCUGUAAGAGCAGUGGGGAUGAUGUCUUCUACAGUAACAGUAGAGAUCAUGGGUGUGAGGAGAAAACGGAUGAGGGGUCGAACACUAGGGAUGAGGCCUUUCACAGAACGGAUGAUAUCAGGAAUGACGUCUUUCCAGGAACGGAUGAGGGCUGUUGUAACAGGGAUGACGUGUUUUACAGAACGGAUGAGGGCUGUAGUAACAGGGAUGACGUGUUCUACAGAACGGAUGAGGGCUGUAGUAACAGGGAUGACGUGUUCUACAGAACGGAUGAGGGCUGUAGUAACAGGGAUGACGUGUUCUACAGAACGGAUGAGGGCUGUAGUAACAGGGAUGACGUGUUCUACAGUAGACAGUAUGUGUGUGAGGAGAGGGGAGAUGGUAGUAGUGGUUAUAGAGACACCACUACCGGUAGCCAUGAUGGUGGCAAUAAUACAACUGAUUAUCUCUAUAGUGGUACUGAUAGCUUUGGCAAUAGGGUGGAUAAUACAGGAAAGAGGAAUAGUUUGAGAAGGGUUGAUGAUUUUGGAGGAGACUGUGAUGAUUUCGGGGGUAGAAGGUCGAACUUGGAUCCUCUAGAGGCCCAGUUAAAGCCUGGGUCUUGGGUGAGUCCUACUCUCCCAGAUCGUGGUGCUGUGGCUGGGGAGGGAAGGGAAAGGGGUGGGGGGUACCCCCAGGACUGGGCCUUUCUAUACUCCCAUUCCCAGGCAGCAGGUGGUGCUAGUGGUGGUGGUGGUAGGGUGUACCAGCAGAAACUGGACUCCUUCUCCGAGGCCUUCUCCUUCAGACGCAACGUCGCCGGAAGCAGAAUUCUGAAUGGGAAUUCCGGAAGUGGGAUUUUUGGAUUCGGAGUGGGAGGAGGAAACACGGGACGGAUCAAAACGAGUGCCUACGAUUCGCACACAGACUCUUCCACUCUUCCUUCACCUCCUCCUCCUCCUCCUCCUCUUUCACCUAACCCCUUCCCCUUGGUCCUUAGCCCUCCUCCCACACCCCUCCCCCCUCAUUCCCUCUCCCCUCCUAAACUCACCCCACCACCCUCUGUCAGGACAGUUGGACUCACCCAGUCCACAGGGGGGGGUUGUAGUGGAACAGUCCAGUUUUACCCCUCCUCUCUCCAGCCACUCCACUCCUCCCACCCCUCGGCCGUCGUGUGGAAGCUCCCGCUCUCUCAUUGGCUGCAGCAGUCAGGUGACGUGGGUGUCGUCGAGGGCAACCCCUCAAGCUCCGGCUACGUAUACUGCCAGGAGGCAGUGUUUCCUGGGAGACCGGUUCACCAGGACAGUGGGAAUAAUACAGGUCACUAUAGUCUUCAAACUCUGGUAGAAUCAUCCUUUACCUCCGCCUCAGCCCUUCACUCCUCCCUCCACCCCUCCUCUCUUCCAUCCCAGCCCCCCAGUGGACUCCCACAGCAUGGAGCAGCAUCCCUAGUGGUGUAUAGAGGUGCUCCCUUCCCUAGUCUGCUCCAGUCUCGGAGAGGAGGAGGAGGGCAGAACGGGGUGGAGCGGUUAGGGAGAGGGCUCCACUACACCCCUCUACCUAUGCUGAACCCCAGACGCAGAGGAACGGGGAUCCUCUCAUCCCUCAUGCCCCCUUCAGUCGGGGAACGAGGGAUGGGAAGGAUGACUGAAGAGGAGGAGGGAUAUUCUAUACCUCCGUGUAUCAACGUGGGUCCAGAGUUCCAGGCUGAGCUGCCAUGUUGUCUAGAGAGGGAGGAAGAGUCCAGGACAUGGCCAGAGAAAUCAUCAUCCAAUGAGGAGUUGCUCUGGAAACCAUGGGAGGAGCUUGGGAAGAGUUCUGUUAUCCAGGACCAAGUGGCGGCAAUGUUGUCUGUGUGUAGUUCUAGCUGUCUACCAGGAGGGGGCAGCAACACAGAGCUGGCCCUACACUGUCUCUACCUCUGUCACGGAGAUACACUGGCCACACUGGAGAAGUUGCUCUUCUCUACUCCAUCAUCAGCAAGAGACUACCAUUAUGCUGGUAGUGAUGUGUGGCUGCAGACUGAGAGGUCUCUGUUCAGUAAAGCGUUGACAACCCAUGGAAAAGACUUCCCUCUCAUCCAGCAGAUGGUGAAGACGAAGUGUGUGUCUCAGUGUGUUGAGUUCUACUAUCUUUCCAAGAGACUUCCUGACAAACAGAGAAAGCAGAAGGAGCAGGAACAGAUGAGUGUGGUGUCCCUCCCUAAACCGAUGGAAGUACUGGUUCCAGCCCCGUCAUUGGCUACCAGCUUCCCCUGUAAGCAGUGUGGAAAGAUGUUCUACAAGAUAAAGAGUCGUAACGCCCAUAUGAAGAUCCAUCGGCAGCAGCAGGACGACUGGAGACACCCAGGCCUCGGCCUCAACCCAGCCCAGAACCUCACCCCCAACCUGGGCACCAAUCUACCCCAUUGCCAGGCUUCAGGUCGGGCCUACCUCCCAGGCCCCAUCAACAACAACAGUAACCACCAUAUUGGUGGUGCUCACACCAUCAUCAACAACAUCAGUGUUCCGAACAACAAUACCGUAACCAAUAGCAACUGUGUCACUGUCAAUGACUCCACCUCUAAUCAGAGGGGACCCGUUCCCCUCCUCUCUCUCCACCACUCAUGGGACUCGUUUCAGGUGAACUCUGACCCUGCGGCGGUAUUCUUCUGUGACCCGGAAGUGAAAGCUGCGCUUGGAGUCAUGGGGGGAGGGGUGAAAGGUCAAAUCUUGUGGAAGUAGCAUCAGAGAUACUGUAUAUAAUCACGAGAUGGUCUUGUCUCUGCCCUAACAAUGGGUGUCAUUGUCGCGAAGACGGAAAGGCAGGCGAGAGGAGGCGAGAUCAAGUGGGAAUAUUCUAGCUAAUGAGAGGGCAGAUACGAUCAGGUGGGAAUAUUUUAGCCAAUGAGAGGGCAGAUACGAUCAGGUGGGAAUAUUUUAGCCAAUGAGAGGGCAGAUACAAGUGUGAACAAUAGACACAACUCCGAUAUAAAAGUUUUUCUUGAAGUUGCCGAGAUCUCUCGUGCGUCCACUUAUAUCAGUAUAUUCGUAACCACCUAAACAAUACGAAACCUCUAUUCGAUCAAAGAAGCCUCACAUAACAAAUGACCAACACUAUCUCAUUAACCUUGAUACAAAAUACAUCCCCACUUGGUCUGCUUAUCGCUAUAUUCUCUUUGUCAGAUUUUGACGGGAGUGGAGCCUCUCACUUAGCCUCUUCCUCUGGUAGUAUUCUAGAAUCAGAACAGACUGACAUAAUUCACUUCCUUUCUAUACUGCUUGGUUUUGGUACGGUCAAAGACAUGUGAUAAAGUGUUAUACAUUUGUACAGUUUUUGUAUUUGUAUUUAAAUACUUUGAGUUGCUUUGCGUUUCAUAAAAAAAUAUAUAUAUAA